AGCGCGGGGAGCUGUCCGCGGUGCUGAAACCACACUCACGAGGAGGAGAGAUGCCCACAUCACUCACGAGCCUAAAUACAAACUAAUCACCAAGGCGUCAUCAUGCCGUCAGUCCCUGAGACCUCCACGUUCAGCAAACCCCUUCUUGUCUGUUUGGCUCAGCUCCUCUUCGUCCUCCUCUUCCUCGGCUGCCCCGGAGUCAAAGGGGCCUCGCUCCGAGAGCACAGACAGCGCGGAAGUGAGUCGGACCCCGAGAGAGGGGUCGUCUACCCGGCGCCGAACGCAGACAUGCUGAAAGCCUUGGAGUACAUCGAGAGUCUCCAUCAAAGAACCGGCCUGGACUCGCAGCAGCGCGCUCCUCUCGCCGCGGGGCCUGACGCCGGCCUCGCGGAUGACGCCGAGAAGCUGCGUGCCAUACUGAGACUGGCUUCCAAUCCCGUGCAGAGCAAUGAUGAAGAGGAAGAGGAGGAGGAGGAGGAUGGGAGGGAGGAUAAGAGUGAAGAGCUGCUCCAGGCCGUCCUCAGCACACUCCAGCAGACAGAAAAAGCCUCGAAGCCAGUUCGUCCAAAAUCAGAUGGUGCGGCCACAAAGCAGAACGGCAUCAUGCCCCACAAGAAGCUGCCCCUGAUGUUCGAGGACGAGGAGGGCGAGGGCGAUGAGGGAGAGGAGGAUGAGGAAGGACCAGAGCGUGACAGCCCCUUUAAACGCACUAAUGAGAAUGUGGAGGAGAAGUACACUCCUCAGAAUCUCGCCACGCUGCAGUCCGUCUUCGACGAGCUGGACAAGCUGACCAGGACCAAAACCCUACGCAAGAGGCAAGAUGAAGAGGACAGCCUGGAGGACGGCGAGGAGUUAGACGAUGAAGACAUGUUUAGAGUUAGGGAUGCAGCGUACGACGAAGUAGGAGGCAACCUCGCAGAUUGGGGUCCUCUAGGAGAACAGGAGGAGGAGGAAGAGGAGGACGAAGACAGGCACGAGGUCGACCGAGGGCUCGAUUACAUCGAUGACGAUGGAGAGGCCGAUGAGGAUGAGGAAGACGAUGAGAGAUACCUGGUGAAACGGUCGAACGACCCAGACGACAUGGCCAAUCUGGUGGACUACUACCUCCUCAAAGUGCUGGAGAAAACAGAGGAGGAGGAGCAGAAGAGGGAGAUCGAGGAGGAGGAACAAGAGGAGGAGGAAGAGGAGAAGAAGAGGGCAGAGAGGAGAGUGGCUCAGAGUAUAGAUCCAAGGGUCAUCUAUCAGCUCAUCCAGAUCUCACAGAAAUACCAGAUCCCGCCCGAAGACCUCGUGGACAUGCUCAAGACAACGGACAAGACGAGUCAGAACAAACUGCGAAAGGGCAACGAAUUAUCCCGAGCAAAGAGCAAGUUCUCUCAGAUUUCCCCAAAAACGACGCAAAGAUUCCCAGAGCUCUACGGCAGACGACUGCCUUACCGGCAGAAGACCCCAGAAGAGCUGAGGACAGCGGAGGUCCUGAGGAUCCUGGGCCUGGGGGGCUCCGAGGACCUGGCUCCCGCCGCCAAGCCCCGGCAGCACAAGAGCUUCCCGUCACGACUGCGUGCUCAGUCCGCCUGGCGUCCGAGGGAGCCCGCUCCCGUGCAGAGGCGCCUUCCCGCCAGCAACUACGACGACACGGCGGGCGAGAACGAGCUGGCGGCGUAUCUGGCGGCUCAGAUGCUGGAGCAGCGCCCCAAGCCGGCGUACGGCAGAGCCAGCGUGAAGCGGGAAGAGGCCACGGCGGGCUCGUUCGAGAAGUUAAUGGAGGAGUAUUUCGAUCAGAUGGACUCGGACAAAAGCCAGAGCGAGAAAAGACUGUCCGGAGACGACGACACGCAAGCACGAGGCGCGGAGAACGACGCCGUGAUGAAACUGCUGGACUACCUGAACCCAGAGACUGACGAAAGUGAUGCCAAAGCUGUGCAAGGAAACUAAACCUGUCUGUAGAUACAUACAUAUAUAUAAAUAUAUAAAUAUAUUUGUUUUAAUGGAGGGAAGAGAAAUAAAGUAUUUUGAAGAAAAAAAAAACACCCGGUCAACUUUCUGUAGGUUUACAAAAGUUCCUAUUUAUUAGUAGAAGUAUUCCUGUUCAGACGUUCAGUUGAUGUUUCUAUUUUUUCAGUAUAAGUUGGUUGCUCAAGAACACCAAUAAGUGUCUCACCAGCCUCACACACACGUACACACAUACAAAUACACAUACACAUACACAUACACAUACACACAUACACACAGACACACACACACACACACACACACACACACACACACACACACACACACACACACACACACACACACACACACACACACACACACAGAAACAGUGUUGGAUUCUUUAGGCUCACUUGUGUUUUUUGGUAACUCUUUCUUAAAUGUGGACAUAUGUGACAUACCUGAGGUUAAUAAAGCAUUGACUUUA